CUUUGUCUUCGCCCCCUCUAUUGAUCACCAUUAUCAGUCCUUAACGGUGCUUAUUGAGGCCUGUCUUUGUCAUCUUCUCCAAGUCACUCUCACAUACAAAUAGAUACCAAAUGCCGUUACUUCCCAAAGAAGGUCUUGGCUGAAUGACCGCAAGGGUAGCAAGUCGUGAGAUGCUGUACUUCAAGUAGCAGCACGAGAUCAAUGGCGAUGGACAAGAUCUUCCCUCACCACCACAACUACGAGCCUGUUCCCAAGACGGAGAACAGCGGUGAUGGCACCACCACCACCAUAAUCGGGCCUGGCUCGCGCCGCCGGCACUCGAUCCAGCAAUUCCUCAAGCGGAAUCUGACGGCCAUCACGAUCUCAGGCCUUCUCCUGGUCCUGGUUCUGCUCGUGCUCGCCGUCAUCGCGGCCAUUACCAUCGAGCCGUUCCGCCAGGUCCUCGUCGUGAAGCUCUCGUCGUCCUCGUCGACCAUCAACGGCCAGCGACAGUGCUUCUCCACGAACCGCCACACCACGCUCUCCUGCGGCAACUCCACCGCCGAGGCUACCAGUUUGGGCUGCUCGUACGAUCCUUUGUCCGCCUGCUGGCUGCACAAAGACUGCCCCCAUGACUACUCCGAGGACUUUGCAACCUUCAACGACGGCAAGCCCUUCCAGUACUACUACGACCACGAGAUGCAGCACCCGAUGAAGGAUUACACCGAGGUCGGGAACAACGAGCAGGGGUACUACUUCACGGUGACCCGCGAGCAUCUGGUGCACUGCCUCUAUCUGCUUCGGCGCGGUCAUGAUGUUUACAAGAGAGGGGAUCGGGUGGAUACCAUGCUGGCGGAUUCGGGCCAUGUUGCCCACUGCGCCAAUUUCCUGGCGGAUUACCUGCGCCGGCCGGACCCGUAUCUGGACUCGUUGGGGACGCAGGGGCAGACCAAUUGUUUUAUGUCGUGUAGUUAAUUUAUUGUUGAGUCUUGCAACAGGAGUGGAACAGUGGAAUGAAGUGUUUUUUUCUAGUGGG